AUCGAUUAAGGCAUCAACUUUGCUUUCUGCUGCCAGCCUUGCCCCACACCAAUCGAGUGAGUGAGCUUCGUGAGCUUGAUGUAGCCCCGCCGGUGACGAAGCGCAACUCAGCAGCAUCAGCCCGUAUCUUGCGCCGAUUUGUCCAUUUCCCUCCCAAACAGCUUUGAUAUACUGGAAUUGGUCUGUUAAUUGCUGUUCAAGAUGCCGGCAUACAACUCCGUUUUCAACAAUGAUCCCAACAUCCCCCGCAUAAUCGGAAACUUCCCUCUCCUCCCUCUCCGUACCAAGACCAGAGGCCCUGCCUACACCCUGCCUAACCCCUCGCCGCCCCUGCCGGCUAACGAGUCUCCCGACCCCGACAGCGAAAGCUACGACAUCCUCGACGAGGUCCUCGCCCUCUUCCGCGCCAACACAUUCUUCCGAAACUUUGAGAUCCAAGGCCCUGCUGACCGUCUGCUUGUGUAUGGAAUCUGGUUCGUCAGCGAUUGUCUGACAAAGAUCCGACCCCAGGCUUCUUUGCGCGAUGCCCAGAAGGAUGUUUUGAACUUGGCGCUUGACCUCAACUUUGCUAUUCCUGGAGACCCUGCAUGGCCUCUCAACCAGAUGUAUGAGCCCCCUAGGGACAGACAAGAAGCGGAGCAGCUCAAGCAAUAUAUGUCGCAGGUUCGACAGGAGCUUGCUUCUCGAUUACUCGCUAGGGUAUACGAUGGGGACGAGACUAAGCCUAGCAAGUGGUGGUUGAGCUUUACCAAGAGAAAGUUUAUGGGCAAGUCUCUGUAGAGUAUUGGCAAGGGGCGAAGAGAAGGCAUUUUAGAAGACUAACACCAAUUCGAGGAGCUGGCGUCAUACAAAAUACAUUUUCAGUACUUACUUGAUCCAUGGCUGUCGGCUUCUAGUGCUCUGAGAGUUGGAACACUUGAGAUAUCCCAGAGACAUACACAGGCUUGCCAAACCUAGCAUAUAUUACCAUAACUCAUCAUAACUUCUCACCAAUGACCAUAACUUACUACCAAGUACCGCAGACGUAGCACCUGUUUACGACUUGAGAUCCAAGGCCUUUGUUAUUUGGCACUGCUCUGUUGUUGUGCCAUUGACAAUCAGGGGCGUCAUGUUUGUAUAGGUCGAUUUACCAAC